GUUUUGUGACGUAGUUAGCCUCUAGUAAAUGGCGGUUACUAGCGGGGUGGACAGUAAACAUUACCACGGUUAUAACUGUAACUGUCUAAUUAUCAUCAAAACAUCUACUCGACUGUGUCGGACAUACAGGGUAGUUACAAAAUGUCCUUUUUCAACUUUCAGGUCGGUUCAUGUGCCGCGCUGAGAGGAAAUUCACUGCCAAAGAGACGAAAACGGAACAAACGGCGAGCUGGCCUCCGAUUACUAUGGCUAAUACUCUGAAGCUGCUUUCCUACACAAGUUAUAAAGUUGAAUGUUAACGUCUUCAGUUGAGCUAAUGGAGACCGAGGAGGGAGAAAACGACACCGAGACUGAAGAGGCUGAGCUCCGUCUGAAAGUAGAGGCGUUGAAGCGGGAGCUCCACGGCUGCAGAGCCGAGCUGGCCAAGUUACAGAAACAGCUGAACCAGUCCGAAAGACUGCAGAGGAGCACCGAGAGCUACAACGAAGACCUGAGGAAACAGGUUGCCCAGCUGAGCGCAGAGAUUCAUGAACGGAAGAAGAAGGAUAAAGACAGAGUAAACUGUGAAACUCAGACAGAAGAAUACGUAUGGACAGAAACCGAUUAUUACAACUAUUAUUAUGGAGGCUGCUCUCAGAACCCAGAGGCUUCAGACACUCAGGAAGGCCUGAACACAGUAGCAGCAGUGGAUGCAGCAGAUGGCGGCGAGGCAGCAGAGGUUUCAACAACAAAUGAAGCAGCAGUCGCUGAUGUGUCAGGACAACCUGACAACAGUGUUGCAGCCUCAACAGAGGAGGGCGAUGGAGGAUCCAUAGCUGAUAUGUUGAGAGCCACUGCUGAAGAGGCUAUGACACAGACUGGGUUUGUCUUUGAUGAGACCACGGGGAUGUACUACGACCACAGCACAGGAUUCUACUACGACUCGGCCAGUCAGUUGUACUACGAUGCCAACACAGGCAUUUACUACUACUAUGAUGCGGAGAGUGGACGAUACCAGUUUCAUUCCAGGAUCGAAGUGCCUGCUGCACAAACUGCUGCAGAGCUUUCCCAAGACAAGAGCACUGGUGAAAAGAAGGGCAGAAAGUUUAAGAAAGAGUCCAAGAAAAGCUCACACCAGGACGAUAAGGAACUCAUAUUUGAUGAGGUAAAGCUGGAAGAAGAAGAAACUGAGUGGGUCGAACAGCAAACAACGAAGAGGACCACAGAAUCACGAAAACAGAGCCGAAGGUCUCACAGUCCAGAUGUGGCUCCACGUAGAAAAGACUCUUCUAGACACCGGGAGGAGAGCGACAAAUCUUCGUCAAAGAGGAAGAAGCAGAAAAACAGCUCAAACUCUGAUGAUAAGGGUAGAUCAAGGAAGAAAAGGAAGAAAUCCAAGUCAAAAAAGGCGAAGAAGAAAAAGAGCCCGGCUCAGAGCGAUAACUCAGAGGGGAACAGUGAGCCGGAAGAGGGGGAGAUCACAGGGUCAGAGAAAGAGGAGUGGGAGUCCACACCCUCGUUCUCGUCAUCCAGCUCCUCCUCCAAGGAAAGCCCAGAGUCAGAAAUGGAGACUCAGAGUCAGGAAGUGAAAGACAUUUGGCCACCCUGUGUAAGAGUGACAGUGGUCAGAUCUCCAGUGCUGCAGGUGGGCACUCUGUUCAUCAUCACAGCCGACUCUCCAGCCACCUUUGGCAGAGAGAAAGAUAUGGACCAUGCAAUCCGAAUACCAGAAAUGGGAGUGAGCAAGUUCCAUGCAGAGGUGUACUUUGACCAGGAGCAGCAGAGCUACAUGCUGGUGGACCAGGGAAGCCAGAAUGGAACAGUCAUCAAUGGCAACAGGAUCUUACAGCCCAAAACCAAGUGUGAGCCACAUGCACUGAUGCACGGAGAUGAGGUGAAGAUGGGAGAGACUGUGCUGUCCUUCCAUAUCCACUCGGGGACCGAUACGUGUGACGGCUGUGAGCCGGGUCAGGUGAUGGCUCACCUCAGCAAGCACAGGAGAGAAGAGAACACAGGCCCUUCUCUUACCAAAGAGGAUAAAGAAGCACUGAGACAAAAGGAGCUGAAGCAGAUGAAGGCCAAAUAUGGCCUGCAGAGCAGUGAGUAUGAAGAGGUCAAAGCCCUGAGGAACCCCAGAUAUAAGGACCGAGCAGAGUCUCGACGACAGACAGUAGGCAGUGAGGGUGUUUUCCAACGAGAUGAUGCACCCGCUUCUGUCCAUCAGGAGAUCAGUGAAGUCAAUAAAGGAAGGAAAAUGCUGGAAAAGAUGGGCUGGAAGAAAGGAGAGGGGCUGGGUAAAGAGGGAACAGGAAUGAAAGCCCCGAUUGAACUGAAAAUCAGAAAGUCCCAGUCAGGUUUGGGGGCCGGUGCCGCCAUGUCUCUAGAUGGUGUCUCUGUGACCCGAUCAAAGUCCCAGAAGAACUGGGAGAAAGCACGUGAGAGAUUUGCAGAUUCGUGCCAACCUGACAUGCUGUCCCCUAAACCACAGAAGAACAGAUCACCCAAAGCCUGGGUCAAAGCGGAUGAGACCGAGACCACAAAUGCACAAGCAGGUGUUGAUACUGACGGCCAAAGUUAGGAAUACAUGAGAGUGAAUGUAUUUAUUGUGGAUUUUGUUUGAUGCAAAUGAGCAAAGGGAGUCUCUUUAGUUUCUGAUGAAAUGUGAUCUACUGUCUGUAAAGUACAGUGAGCAAAGAAAAUACUGUUAUUUUCCUGUUUGUCUUUACUCAGCCUUCAGCCUUAAAGAAACAUCGCUGAAGAGAGCAGAAUGUGACCAUAAUUAUGUCCAAACACUAUCUAUCAACUGGUUGUCAAAGUGCUGUGCAUUUUAGAGUGUAAAAGUCACUAGUUGUGGUUGUAGAAUGUGUGGUUUUUUUCCCCCACCUUUCUUUCAUAAGUGAAGUGUGUGGAACGUUUACAGUCCCAACAAGAACAGCAGUGUGUGUGUUUUCAUGGUCCAGUGUGUAUGUAGUCCAACCUACAGAGGAGGGCAGAGCUGCCACCCAGAACAAAGAGGACAUGAAUCACCUCAAGCAAAUAUUAACACAGUGAAGCUAUAUUUCUCACAAUGAGAUCAUGCUGUAAUGAAACAACUGUGUAUCUGUUUAGACAACCCUGUAACUGAUCAUGUUAAACCAGUCACAACGGCUUGGUGUAACACUUUCCCCCCACCCUCCCCUUUUUUAAUGUUGCACAUUAAAUUUUGAACAUGCUCAAA